AUGGUCACUGUCAGCGUUGAUGGUUCUGUUCUAGAUCAAAUAGCUAAAAUAAUGUCGUAUCUUUGCCUUGGUUCGUUGGGGAAAGUUCUGAAAAAUAAGAAGAAAGAAAAAGAUGCAAAAGGUGAACCAUGGUCUAGCGAAACCUUGGGGGUGCAGAAAUCAGCUGGAGGUGUUUUGCUACCAAAAUCUGCGGUUAAAUUUGAGUGGUACCUUAUGGGGGAGUUCCAUUCUAUUGGUGCUGAGGUUGAGAAAGUGGAGACUGGAAAGAAGGUUGACUUGGGAACAUCAGAUAGGCUUGUUUCUGCAAAGCAGAUGAAUUGCUGGCUGUGGUCGAGUGAGAAAAAGUCAACCGUCUCUGAAGCAAUUGGAGGUAGCAGUGGAAUCUGA